AUGUUCAACGUGGACGCAGCGAACUAUGCGCUGAGCCAUCAAGCCGAUUGGUUUGAUGAUUUCCUCAGUCACGACUGGCGAACCUCCCGAUUUUCGAAGCUUUGCGCCCUUCUCGUCGUCUAUAACUCGCGAGCAGCGCUUUUGUCAGCUUUCCUGGCUUGCCCUCUGAUCGCUUUAGGCCGGACGGUGGGAGUGCUGCCGAACGAUCGGCCGAGCUCGUGCUUAGUUUAUGUGGUGCACUUGUUUGUCUUAUGCUUUUGGCAGAGACUCCGAAGCAUCCUGCGUCCACCAAUCAUGGUCUUUCUGGACAAGCUCUGUAUUGCCCAAAGUCCAGAACAAGCCGAGCUGAAGGAGAAAGGUAUUAUUGGAUUAGCUGCCUUCCUGAACCAUUCCAAACGACUUGUGGUUCUGUGGUCGCCAAGGUACUUCAGCAGAUUAUGGUGUGCGUAUGAGAUUGCAGCAUUCCUCACAGAUCACAACAAGCACAAGCACAUCUUGAUGAUGCCGGUUCAUGCCGGCAUCACCAUUCUUUUGGCCUUCUUCUUUUUCAGCUGGAUGGCAUCCUCGAUGCUCAUAAUUCUGGGACUGCUCCGGUAUGGUGCUCUUGGCGUUCAAUUGGGCCAGGACAAUAUAUGGACGGUGGUUGGAGGGGCUGUGGCUUGGGUAGUUGUUCCCGCAACUUUAGUCGGAGUGCCCUUUAGCACCUUGAGCGUGCGCAUGGCCAAGCACCUGCAUCGCGCACCAAAGCAGCUGAAGACGUUUGAUGUCCAGAGCGCUGCAUGUUUCUGUUGUGCCAAUGCCCACAAGCAUCCGGACACAGGAGCAGACAUCCCCUGUGACCGGGAGCUGGUCUACCGCAAGCUGAAAGAGUGGUAUGGCCGCCCGACGGACACUGACAAAGAGUAUCUGCAGCGAUUCAACUCCCUGGUUCAUCACAGGUUGGGACGCUCCGUGCUCAGACAAAUGCCGCAUGCCGUCCCCACCGCACCUCUACUGUGCAUGCUUGGUGCCGCCAGCAUGCCGUGGCUGGCGGACGCCAUAGAGAGGAUGCUCUGGCGUAUACAAGUUGACGAAGAUGCGUGUGAUCGAUGCGACCUUGCAUAUUAUCUUUGGAGCCAUGUUUUCCUCGAGUGGGCCUUCGUGGCCACAAUGAUCUUUUUAACGGGACUCCUUGCCGUGACCCUGUCGACUGUUGCUGCCCGCAUGUUUCCAAAUACCCGACAUGCCUGGCGCAUUGGAUUUUUGGUGUUCACGCUGUUUGUUGUGCCGGGAGCCGUUCUAACCGGUACAUUUUUCCUGUUGCUGUGGACCGCGGAUAAUGCUUGGCCUCCUACCAUCGUCUUCGUUGUAGCACUGCUCCUGGGAUUAUGCUUUCUUCGGCCGACCCUGACAAAUCAUCGACUGGCAGGUGCGAUUGAAGAGCUCGAAGACCCAUCUGAUGUCACACCCACGGCUACCCCUCAGCCGAGUUUUUCCACACCGGAAGCCGACCAUGGGUCCAUGUUCCGAAUGCCAUCGGAUGUGUCAGUCUGGUCUGAUGGGUUUAGGAUUUAG